ACCAUGGGUCUCCUUGGCGUUUUCUUCAUGCUUCCACAGUUCGCAGCACCUGCAACAACUCCCCCCAAACUCAACGCUCUUUUCUUCCGCCAACACUCAUAUCAACUAUUAAUUAGCUCAAUACGGGCUGACCCAUGUCGCACUCACCGGCCGUUGCGAGCGCUGGUGAACGAACGCCCUUGCUUUCUGGAGACACGCAAAUCCUGCCCCCUCGAUCUUCACGGGAGCGGCAUUCGUCAGAUGACAAUGGAAACCCGGUGCAAGAGCAUACCGCGCUGCCGACAGGGGAGGACCCCUCGCCAAAAGCCAAAUGGACCUACGCGAUCUACGUAGUCUACUUCCUGGUCGCUCUCAGCACGUCGUUCGCUGUUUCUGCAAUGAACAAAGUCGAGGAAAUGGCGCUGCUCUCCCGUCAGCACUCUCGGGGCUUUAGUGCUCUGGGAAGGGAGCCUCCCCGCGAAAUUCCCGGCGCAGUACAGGAUGAACUUACUCUUUUGAGGGGUUGGCAGGGAAUCCUAGACAGCAUUGUUGGAGGGGCGGCAGCGAUAUUCUUGGCCGCACUUCGAUCCAAGAUGCUUCCUCUGAGCGUCGCCGGGCUUUUCGGCUUCGUUAGCGGAACCAAGAAGAUCCUCAUGCUGGCACUCGCCGGGAUUCUCAUUGGACGCGUCUUCAACAGCUUGUUCUUCUUCUUCUCCGAUAGCCACACGUAUUCACUGCGGCUCUCCUGGCUUUCCGCCGCUUCGAAUCUCAUUGGAGGUGGUGUACCCGGCUUCUACGCGAUGAUCUGGACUUAUUUGCGAGACGUCGGUCGAACUGAAGACACUUUGGAUGGAUUCCUCUGUAUAUCCAUCUUGGGUGUGUUACCAGACCUCGCUGCGGGCGUCGCUGCCUCGUUUCUAAUAGACGAGCACCCUUGGAUCGUCAUCAUUUUGAGCUGCGUCUGUCUUUCCCUUGCGCUCCUAUUGGCGGCAAGCUGCCUUGAGGAGGAUCCAAAACCUCAAAAUGCCAUGGCUAUGGGAAACGCAGUGGGUUAUCCUGCAGGCGGCCCGGACAGCGACGGCCCUUCCGGGGUUUCUUUCUGGGACUGGAUUUCGCUGAAGCAAUACGUUGGGAGUCGCUGGCUCGUAUUCACUUUUGUGAUAACCGUGCCGGGAUUUUCCUUUGAAGACAUAAAGCUUCAGUAUAUGAGAAGCAAAUUUGGGCAAACGUGGUCAGGGACUAUCUUUCAGGCUGCAUGCAUUUUGCUUGCCCAGAUCGUCUUUUUGGCUAUGAUAUUGGCAGUCAACCGUUGGAGACAAGACAGAAGCCCUGAAGCCACCCAGCGCUUUGAUAUUUAUUGUGCCUGUCUUUGUGCAGCCUUGUCCUCUGUUGGCCUCGCCAUAUUCGGGUUAUCAGAAAAGACGUGGUUGAUGCUCAUUGGGCUGGGUAUGUUAUUUUGUGGUCUCGCUUUUCGCAUGUUUCUGAGACACCUUUUGUCCCUGAUCGUGGAUGCAAACAUUCGACAAGGUAUGUUCUUGCUUAUUGACGCUAUUGAACACUGUGGCUCGUUCCUUGGAAGUCUGGUAGUGACUAAACUUUACGGGCUUGGGCUGAAAUGGGGUGGUUGUUGGAGGGGAAUUCCAUUCUUGGCCACGUCAUUCCUGUUUCUUGCUGCUUUCGUUAUUGUUGUUGCCUGGCACUUGCAUCCGCCUCUUCAAGCCGGACCGGUACGUGGGUGAAGCGGGCUGCAGAAAAGGUGAGAGUCCGUCCUUGGCCAACGGUAUGGACAAGAUGGGAUGGAGCAGUAGAUGACCAACGCGGCCGCACGUGACACUCGCCGCAUUUGCUCAGCCAGCUCAAUACCUA